CUGACCAAAGAAGCUGCUGGUUGCUCUUCUAACCUGUGAUGAACCGCUUAGAAAGCUCAUCUACUAACAUGAAUCUGGAAUUUAUUUGGAAACUUUUUGAAAAAUUAAGACGACCUUUGGUUUUGUUCCUGCUCUUGGUUCUUACAUCCAUCUUGCAGCAUAUAUUUGACAUGCAUUUUGUGUGUUCAUGCCGACCUGGUCUACAUGUAAAUGGUGUGCUGUACUUGGUUCUUCCUUCUCUGAUUCUAACCUUUGCUGUCUACGUUGUAAGAAAAUUUUACAAGAAAAAGGUUUUUUCAACGGUGGACUGCUGCCCUCGCGAGCCCUGCUCUUGGACCUGUUUCUCUUUUGGGAAGAGAGUUUAUGAGUUCCUCAGUCUGACAGGUCUCUGGAUAGCCAUGGUUCUGUUUGAUGGAGACUGGUACUUCUGUCUGAGAACAAACUUCAACUCUAAUCAGACUGGAUUGCCUUGCAAGAAAAAUUUGACAUACGAAGAGGAACGAAUUAAAGACUCCUACAAGACAGAAUCACUUGACUGGGGCCUUGGUCUUUGCUGCGGUCUCCUUCUUAUCUGGAGCCUUGUUGAAAAAUACAGAACUCAAAUAAGAUCUAAAUGUUGGUGCUCACGUCCAUACUAUAAACCAAAGUACAAAAAGAUUCUGUCAGAGGAACUCAGCAGCUUUAUUGAAAAACAAUUAAAAGAAAUUGCAAUGGCCAAGGCGCAAAAAAUGUUAAUGCCAAAGAUUGAAGUUAUCAGGAAUCAUGAACUUUCGGAGAACAAUAGAAGAGAGAGUGGAGUUUCUCAGACAUGGAAAGACAUUUCAGACCCAAGUUUCAUUUUGGAAUAUCAAAAAAUGACAGAAAGCAAUCCAACAACCAAUACAGAGAUGUCUGAUCUGUCUGAAACCCCUGGAAAGAUCCAAGAUGGGCAGGAAGGACUAAAUCUGGGAACGCUUCAAGAUUCUCAUGAAGAAGCUGGAGGAAGUGGACAAGGAAAACCUGCAAUUUUCUCUGGGAUCAAGAAAGCGUCUUCUUCUUCCUCUUUCAGAAAUUGUGGUGGCGGUGAUGAGGUGCAUUUGGAGAAAGCCCGUCCAAACUGCGCCGAUUCUGCUUCAGGGGGCGUGGCCGCUGCAGUGGAAGGUAGCGUGGGUGAAGGGCAACCUCACACCAUGUCAACCGAGCGACCUUCAGUGGACUUGGCAGAUUGUUCUGACCCCAUGGAGGAAGGGGCUCAGCCGGGGGGAGAGUCUGGUGAGAGCGGGGUGAGUGGGGAGGGUGUGAGUGGAGACGGUCAGGUGGAGGGACAGGUGAGUCAGGUUGCAGAAGGGGGGGUGUUGGUGGGGGGUAUCGUAAGUGGUGUCUUUGAGGUGGUGGAUGAGUUGAAAGUCAAUAGUAAGGCUUCUGGGGUGGAUGGUGUUUGUGUGGAUGAGGGGGGGGUGGAGACCUCUGAGUGGUGUGAUUCGAGUGUGUCUGGGGAGUGUGUGGUGGGGGACGGUGAUGCGUGUCUGCAAGGGGGUGAUUGA